UUAUUCAGCUCACAAAUGUGAAUCCGUUUAUCGCAUCAGUUCGCUACGGACUCCAACAGAAGGUGCACUACAUUUUCACGCAAGAGCAUUACGUUAAAAUGUCUGCUUACAUAGUAAUACCAGUAGUUGUGCUUACUGUUAUGGCAAUUUGGUUCUUGGUGUACAUGUACGACAAACGGUUCAAGAACCCUUUAGUUUCUAUUCCCUCUUCAAGGCCUGCUACGACUUGCCCAAAUAUUCGGCAGGAAGGUAUAGUUUACACAAUUUCGAAUGCCAAUGGAACACCACCUGCCAAUAGUGCAAACAACACUGUGGCAUACAUUCAACAUCAGCAUGAUGGGCGAACUGCUCCACCACCGUAUGGGUACACGAAUCAGAAUUUGGUUGUGGUUACCAGCAUUCCAAGAGAUUUCCCGCCGAGCUAUGAACAGGUGGUCACGAGUAGAGAAGAAUCGAAUAACAACCCAUCAGCUUGA